AUGACAGCUGUCGUAGGACGAGUCUGGGCAUGGGUGAGCCCGGCCAUUUCAUACCGCCCGUGGGCCAGUAAAGCUAAACCUGUGAAAACUGUGACUGAUGAGGGCCAAAUGAAAGGCAGAUGGGGCUUUUGGGGGCUGACCUCCUGGGUUUGGGGGGAGCAAAAGAAGCAGAUUGACCAAACAGCACUGACUGAAGAGUACUGGGAGGCAGAGGAGGAGAUUCUUAAGCCACUGAAAAUAGAGGAGCUAAGUGCAAGCAGUGAAGAGACAGAGGUUUACGCUCCAGCAGCACAGGGUGCAUCGCGUUGGUGGAAUAGGAUGCUCCCAUCCACUUACUGGCCUUGGACCAGAUCAACUAAUUCCAGUGGACUCGGGCAACGUAAGUGUGCAGGUUGGAGCGAAGGGACGUGGGACACCGAUACCAACGAUGGAGAAUAUUCAGACUACGACACCCCUCCACCAUCUCCCACCCCGGCAUCCAAGCAGUCGUCCACGUUCCAGUACUUUGCACGAUCGUGGACAGGAGAAGUCCUUCCAGAACACUACGAGAUCUGCUUCAAUUUCCUCCGCCACCUGUUUGAUCUUUUUGUGGUGGGUUUCCUUUGGACUGUGUCCCCACCAGCCAAGUUCAUUCUAGAUGUGUUAGGGAUCCAGGGUGCCCUUAAACUCUGGCUUCAUGGCAUGGCCAUGUUUUUUGUCACCGCCGUUGGUAUGGCUGGACUGUUGUGGCUGGUACAGGAAUACCUCCUCCAGUUUGCCCUUGUAUAUGGCAUUUUUCAAGCUCUGGUCAUCUCCGUCAGCGUACGCCAAAGUGUGAUUACAGGAGAUGGGGAAGAGGAAAAAGACGAGAGGGAUGAAAAGGAAAGCAGUGAAGAGAAAUGCUCUGAAAGGGAACGGGACCAGGUGCAGCAGACCAAGGAUUAACACAACAAGGGAAUAAAUGUGCCUUGAAAAAGGAGUAUUUCAGACUUUGAUAAACUGAAGACGGAGAGACAUUUUGUAUCCAGAAAUUCAAAAUAUACGCCUGAUUACUGACCUCCUUCCUGCAAAAUACACAGUGCUUGUGUAUCAAGACUCAACCAACAUUGAAACACUACAAAAUAUUGAAGAGAAUUUUUCCUUAACCAGCGAACGUCUUCUGCAGUUCAUCACGAA